AUGAAGGUCGAGCGGCCCUAUCCCCCGGCAUUUACGAACAGUCGUCUGCAGUAUUCGCGUGCGAGGGUGGCUCCCAAGGUGAAUUUCAUGGCUGAMGUGCAGAGGAGAUUGCCUCUGCUGGUACUCGUUGUCGUUGUAUUCCUGAUUGUCGUCUUCCUCCACGUGUGUUUGUCGUGGCGGCCGUGGAAACAACAUCGCAAGAGGCGGGCGUCGACGAAACGGGCGGCAGGGGAACGUCCGAUGGCGGGCAUGCAGGCACACACAACCUACGACUGUGGAGCCUCCACGGCAGUACGACCCAUUUUGUACAGGCAUCUGGAUUCGUGGGAGACGCCACUGCCCCCGUCGGACGAGGAGCCGGAGCCUCCAACGUUGCCUCUUGCCAGCGGGUCGACGCAGCUGUUGUCGCAGACGGUGCGAGCAGGCGAGUCGGCUAGCAACGAAGGCGGCGAGUUCACCUCACUGAUGCACCGAGGCUUGGGAGAUGACGACGACGACGGAGUUGAUCUCAGGUUCGGGUUGUGUUCUGGCGGCGCUAGGGAGGCGAGCCGUACGUCCAUCAUCGACGCCGAUCCUUCGCCACGUGGCGUUCAACAUGCUGGAAGUCAGCAUACAGAGCAAUCCACACUUCGUGGCGCUGCGUUCGUUACUGGCAGUGUCGGCCCUUCAGCAGUAGCCCAACAACAUGGAUCGAUUGCACCGUCCGCCGAUCGAUUGAGAAGUACCUGCCCCGCACGCAAUGGAGUCGCAGUCGGGUCCCUGCGCAUCGGCGGUGCACGUCCUUCGAUGCCGAACCGCACAACGCCGACCCAACCCGAGUUCAGGGACGAGGGCGCCUGCAGACCACAGGUGCGUACAACACCCACUGUGGAGAACAUCACACGAGGAGUGUCAAACAUGCGGGCACACAGCGAUGGCGGCGACGACGAUGGUGGUGGCGGUGACGACGCCGACGAACGAUUAAUGGAGGACGUGGAAGCAGGGGACGACGACGACAACAUUCGUAUUCGGCCUCCGGGGAAGACGGGUGGGAGGGGGAGAGGACGCAGCAGAGGUGCUGUUCGUGGUCGAUCCGUUGGGCGUGGCGGAAGAGGUGGCGCCAGCGACGAUGGCGGGAAGUCUGCGACGUACUGGUCUCCGGAAGACCAAAUGCUCCUGGUGAGAUGCAAGCGGGAGCAAGACCUGCACCUCGCCGGGCUGGGUCACAAUUACGGUCGGAUGCAGACCAAGGAGUGGAAGUGGGACGACAUUGCGAAGCGCAUGGCGAACGCGGGGAGGCCUAGAGACGCGAACGACUGCAUGAAGAACUGGGACAAUCUCUUCCAAAACUAUAAGAAGAUACAGAGGUUUCAGAAUGCGAGCGGCCAACCAGAUUUCUUUAGGCUAUCGAAUGAAGAAAGGAAGGAGCACAACUUCAAGUUCCAGAUGGAGAGGGUGCUGUACAACGAGAUCCACGCAGGAAUGGUGGGCAACCACACCAUUUUUCCGCCCAACGUCGCCGACACCGGAAGUCCGGACGGGGUGCAGCUGCCCAGGCGAGGAGCGGGUGGUGGGGAGUCUGUUGGUAGUGAGGCCGGUGGUGAAGGCUUCCCUAAAGAACGUUCUUCUGCGAGGGACUCCGACAACAACGCAGGCAGCGGGGCUGGACGAGGGAAGCGGAAGAAUGCGCGUCAACAGGCGUUGGAGUCGAUCGCUGAUGUUAUGGACUGCUAUGGCGAACUGAUGUCGUCGACGAUCGAAUCGUCUAGCAAGCGACAAUGCAACAUAUUCACGAGGCAAUGUGACAUACUCGAGCAGGAAGUUGCAGUCCCAAAAGCGCACUAUGCGGCGUCCGAUGAGACGCGGAGGAUGAUGUGCCACGCACUUAUGGAGAUCGUUGCCGCCAUUCGUGGCCAGUCACGGGUAGACUGCCCGCCACGCCGUCUCAGCCACGUCAGCGCAACCCACCCGAGUGAUGACGGAGGGUCCGUCCAACGAGGCAGCGGGGGGAAAGUCGUGGCAGACGCGCGCGAAGUUGGGGGCGAGACGGCAGGUGCUGUCGGUGCGGGUGCUUCAGGCACUGUGGCCCCCGUUGCGACGGCGAGAGAGGAUGCGCGUGGCGAGAAGAAAACCGAUCGGGAGGGCGGCGAGCCCGGUUCAAGCCGGGUACGUAGGGGAGUGAUGACGAAAGACCUCAACGAUCGUGCCGUCCUUUGGGUUGAUGACAAAGCUUUCUGGACGACGGGGGAGGGGCGAAGACUUUACAACAUCGUCCAUGAAACGAGAGAGUACUUUGUCGCCAUCGCCAGCGAACUUCCACCGCCCGCCGUCCCUCAGAGCGUCGUACUGCCCAAAUCCAGCACGAGGGUAGCCAGGAUCGCCGACCAAUCACAAUUGCAGCAAGCGAUCUCCCGUGCGGCGGCAGUGGAGAACAUUGCUCUGCACAUCUUGCACGGCUGGGUAUUCAAGUCGGGGAGCCGCCCAAGGGGAUACAAUGUGGCUUUCCAUUACUCGUUGGAGUCCGUAGCGACAGACAUUUCGCGUGUUAUGUGGUACGGCGAGGAGUGGUGCAACAUAGUCAGCCCGGCGGUUUGCCACGCACACGAUAAAUCUGUCAAUGGAUUUGCCACGGUGGAUCGCCGAUGCGAACAUCGAGGACAGAUCGGACAACGAUGACAUGGCAGCGCACCAGGAGUCCACCGUAAUCUGCGUCGCGCAUACGUUCCGCGCGGCGGUGCAAAUGGGUGCGCUCAUCGACGGC